UACGGCGAGGGUAUGCACUGUACUGUACGCAAUAUCAAGCCAAGAGUCGCAACCUCUCCACCACAACACAACUAGAACAGUCAACAUGGCCAUGUAAGUCCCAGAACUAGGUCAAUUUGUUUACUCUCGAUCACCGUCUGAUCUGCGAGACAGUGUACCGAAAUCAUCGUAUUAUGAUACCCAUUACAAACAAUCCGCCGCUCUCAUCCGUGCUCGGCGACCAUACCUCAUCAAAAAUACUCUCACUGGACUUGGGUUAAUGGGAUUUUGCCUGGGAGUUUGUGAGUCAAUUAUGGUAUAUAAAAAAGCGAGUAGUGGCUUAUAUUUUCUCGCAGACACGUUUACCAUCCGAGCAGUAUCCCAGGACGAAUUUGAAGAUGUGAAGGUUCCUCCAGCGCCACAGGCCGGCCCAGACGUAAAAUAGAAGGAACCGAUCUACAAUAGCAAUGGGAAAUUUUCAGGUUCGGGGAUGGGUACAUUAUGCAUUUUGUCACAGUUUUAAAUAUGUUGGCGCAUUACAGGAGUUCUGGGAGAUUCAUGCUGGUGUACAGUAAUCUUUACUUCCUCAAACUCCUACAUCCCAAGAGUCGUCUCGAUUACACGGUCAAACCUCAGAAAUCAAAAACACCCCUCCAACGAAACC